CACACACAUGGCUGCGUGCACGUACACACUGCUGAGGACAUGGGUUGCACAUACCACACACAUCGCGCUUCCGUCUGACCUCCUUUACUGGAUGGGGUUCUCAGUUACAGAACCUCUCCUCUGUGCUGGAAUAAACACACACGAGCAGGAAGGUGGUUCAGUGGGAGGCGCACAGUUUCACCCAGACAGUGGGGAAGGCAGUCGCAGGCUCGAGCGCUCGCAAACUCCGCUUUGAAGUGCGCGCGUCGCGGUAGAAGCACCGAGCAGGAACCGAGGACGCGUCACGAUGUCCCAAGCCGACGUGCACGCGGCAGGACUCGCGUUCCCCAAGCUGCCCUCCAGCUUCGACGCCGAUUCGUUCCUCUCCGCUCGUCUGGCGCUCAGGCGGCGGAGACACUCGGCGAGCUCGAGGCGGAACGCGUUCCGGUUUAACAAAAUGCCCACGGCGGACGACAGCAGCGGCUCCUCCCGCGAGCGCGUCUCGCCUCUCCUGAGCAAAACCCUGUCCUGGUCGGCGGACGACAUUUUAUCCGCCGAGCAGAAAAAGAGCAGGAAGAAGAGCAACGCAGGAGCGGCGGCGGCGGCGGACCGGCAGCGCGCGCGCCCGUCCCGCUCCAGCUCGAGCUCUCCUCCGCGCCGAGCGCAGCGCAACUCCGGCAGCGCCGCCGCGAAGGGCUCGAGCUCCGCGGCACCGCACGGCAGCACCGACUCCGAGGAGGAAUGCGCGCCCAAGAAAGCGCCCGAGCUCAACAGGUGGGAGCAGGAGAAAGAGGACGAGGUGGAGACCAAAGCGGUGGCCACUUCACCGGACGGGAGGUUCCUCAAGUUCAACGUGGAGAUCGGGAGAGGUUCCUUCAAGACCGUCUACAAAGGACUGGACACCGAGACCACUGUGGAGGUCGCGUGGUGUGAGCUACAGACGCGGCGGCUGAGCAAAGCGGAGCGUCAGCGCUUUAGUGAGGAGGUGGAGAUGCUGAAGGGGCUGCAGCACCCUAACAUCGUCCGCUUCUAUGACUCGUGGAAGUCCACCGUUAAAGGCCACAAGUGCAUCAUCCUGGUUACUGAGCUCAUGACGUCAGGAACGCUCAAGACAUACCUGAAAAGAUUCAAAGAGAUGAAGUUGAAACUUCUUCAGCGCUGGAGCCACCAGAUCCUGAAAGGCCUCCACUUCCUGCACACACGAACUCCACCCAUCAUCCACCGAGACCUCAAGUGUGACAACAUCUUCAUCACGGGUCCCACCGGAUCGGUCAAGAUCGGAGAUUUGGGUCUGGCUACGCUCAAGAGCGCCUCCUUCGCCAAGAGCGUCAUCGGCACUCCCGAAUUCAUGGCUCCGGAGAUGUACGAGGAGAAGUACGACGAGGCGGUGGACGUUUACGCCUUUGGGAUGUGCAUCCUGGAGAUGACUACGUCGGAGUAUCCGUACUCGGAAUGCCAAAACGCAGCCCAGAUCUACCGCAAAGUCACCAGCGGCAUGAAGCCAGACAGUUUUUUCAAAGUGAAAGUCCCGGAACUGAAGGAGAUCAUCGAGGGCUGCAUCCGCAUGAACAAGCAGGGGAGGUACACCAUCCAGGACCUGUUGGAGCACCCCUUCUUCCAGGAGAACAACGGCGUGCACGUGGAGCUGGCCGAGGAGGACGACAUGGUGAAGUCCGGCCUGAAGCUCUGGCUCCGGAUGGACGACACCAAGAAGCUCCACGGCAAGUACAAAGACAACAACGCCAUCGAGUUCCUGUUCGAGCUCUACAAGGACGUCCCCGAGGAGGUGGCCCAGGAGAUGGUGGUGCUUGGUUUCGUGUGUGACGUCGACUACAAGCUGGUGGCCAAAGCCAUCCGCGACCGUGUCAGCGCCAUCAAGCGGCAGCGUGAGAAACUCCGCCGGCUGGCCGACGAGGACCAGAGGAGGCGCCGGGACGAGGUGAUCGAGGAGGAACCCGAGUCCGUUCCUGAAGCAGAACCUCCCGUGCCGAACCUCCCGUCUCUCCAGCCGCAAAUGUCAACGGAGAGCGGCGUGUUCAGCCCGGUCCAGAUGACCCCCACCGUGACCGUCUCCGCACCGCUGCUGUCCACCGCUAACAGCUCCAUGGACUCGGGGAUUAACGCCAGCUUCACCACGGAGCCCGAGGAACUGGACGCGGAGCACCAGCCGCACUUCAACAUCCACCAAGCCUCCUACUCCUCCGCCACGUCGGACUGCGAGACGGACGGCUACCUCAGCUCCUCCGGCCUCCAAGAGCCUCUUGACGCUUCGUGCCCCGCGCCAAGCUCCGCCCCCUCAGUCACAGCUCCACCCCCUGACGUGAGGAACACCGACGUGGCAUUUGUUGAAGCUCCACCCACAGAAGCUUCGCCUGUAAAGAACGCUCCGAUCCCAGCACUCCGCUUCCCCUCGAGCAUCGCCGUAUCCCACAAUUCUGAGCGCGUGAACUGCAGCGGUGCCAGCGGCUUCUCGUCUCCCGUCGACAGUUACGCCUCUGAUGUGACGUCUGGUCUGAGUGACGGGAACGAGGGCCUAUCAGAGAAGAGCAGCAAAGGUCCCAACAAACGCACAGGAAGUAAACUGCUGAGGAAGAGAGCUCGCUCACGGCUGCGUAUUACAGGGUUGUCAGAUAAGGUGGACCGGGUGGUGGAGUGCCAGCUUCAGACUCACAACAGCAAGAUGGUGACGUUUAAAUUCGACCUGGACGGAGACAAUCCUGAGGACAUCGCCACCGUCAUGGCGCAUAACGAGUUCAUCCUGCCGUCGGAGAAGGAAGGAUUUAUCCACCGCAUGAAGGACAUCAUCCGCCGCGCUGAGGCCCUGAUGAGGAGGGAGCCUUUAGAACCGCUCGGGCCUGAAAACGUCCUCCGGCUGCCCUUCCUGGGCGGAGUGGGAUCUCUGUCAGGCUCUCAGCCCAACCUGCACACACAGGGGCUGGCACGCACACACUCAUCCUCCUCCCUGCCAGAAUACACUGCUGGUCAGGUAGCUCGAGGCCCCACCCUCGGAGUGGGCGGAGACUAUUACCUCAAUCCCGAUGCAGCUGUGCCCGUGCGUCCGCUCCGCUCCCAGUCGUUCCACGCCUCAGAUUACUCAGCCGCAAAUGUGGGUCAGGUAAAUCGAGGCCCCUCCCCCGGAGUGGGCGGAGACUAUUACCUCGACCCUGAUGGGGCUGUAUUUGUGCGUCCGCUCCGCUCACAGUCUUUCCACACCUCAGAUUACUCAGCUGCAAAUGUGGGUCAGGUAAAUCGAGGCCCCUCCCCCGGAGUGGGCGGAGACUAUUACCUCGACCCUGAUGGGGCUGUAUUUGUGUGUCCGCUCCGCUCACAGUCUUUCCACACCUCAGAUUACUCAGCCGCAAAUGUGGGUCAGGUAAAUCGAGGCCCCUCCCCCGGAGUGGGCGGAGACUAUUACCUAGAUCUUGAUGGGGCUGUACCCUUGCGUCCGCUCCGCUCACAGUCUUUCCACACCUCAGAUUAUUCAGCUGUGAAUGCAGGUCAGGUGACCCGUGGCUCCUCCCCUGGGUUGGGCGGAGACUUUUACCUGGACCCGGAUAUGGGACCACCUGUCUGCCCACUUCGCUCUCAGUCCUUCCACAUGUCAGGUUCGUCCCAGGCCUACGCUCCUCCUACAUCUCAUUACCCCCAAUACACCAAACCUGAAGCCCUGCCCCUACUUCCUAAUCAGGUGCCCACCAUGCCCCCUCAGUACCCUAACCCCCAAUAUAUCCCCAAUCCAGCCUAUCCGUACCCCUACAUGCUCAACCAGUCUCCCCUUAAAGGCUCCAUCAACCCAGCACCCAACCCUGUCCAACAAAACCCAAGCAGCUCCAACCACACCCAAUAUCCCACGCCUCCGACACCGCAGCACCAAACAGCCGACGGGGUUCCACCUGAGAGCAGCACUCUGCAGCACCCUAGCGGCCACACCAUGCCCCCGAACACACAGACUCCGGGAAUCUGGCCUGCCCAUUCCCAGCAGCCGAUCUUCUCCCUGGAGAACAUGCUGUCUCUGGCCAUGACCAUGGCACAGUCCUUCAUACCCUCAACAACCAUGGCAAACGGCAUGCCCCAGGCUUACAUGGCUUCCCUGGCACCCCAGCCGGGUUACCCGGCCAUGUUUGGAGCCCAGCACCCUACAGCAGGACAAACAGAAGCGCCACCUCACCAAGAUACACACCAGCGUCAGGAGGCCCCGUCACAGGCUCAGACUCAGCGUGUGACCAACACUGCUCCAGAUGUGCCGGGACCACCAGAGGCAGGUGGCCAGACCGGCGUGAGCCCUCAGGAGGGGCAGGAGAAGAGCUCCUCCACUUCCUCCUCAUCAUCUUCAUCAUCCAGUAACUCCACCGUGGCCUCCAGCUCAGCCACAUCCCAGAACACAGUAUCUCCACCCAGCCCCCGAAGCUCCUCCUCUCAGAGUGUGUGUGAUGCCGGGGCUAAAGAAAAACUGUCUCCUAUAUCAGAGGAGCAAAAACCCGCCCUCACCGUGGGACGCUUCCAGGUCACUCCCAGCACAGACGAAACCACGCCCACAACCUACACUCCACUCCCCCCAACACCUCCUCCAGCGGCAGCCCCUUCCACCAUCAGCCAAUCAGAGAGCAGCACUGAGGAGCAGAGCGAAUCAGAGACCAGCCUCAGCACAGUGUCCAUGUCUCCUCCUCACAAACCUUCAGACACGGACUCGAACGUUGCCCCCUGCUGGAGAGGAAAAGCAGUGACCGAUGAGAGUAAAGAGCCGGACGCUGAGGAGGAGGAGGAGGAGGGAAAGAAGGAGGAGGGAAACAAGGAGGAGGAAGGAGGUGAAGAGGAAGGCAGAGAGGGUGGGACGAGGCAGAGGAAGAUCAGCGUGAGCCUCUUGGAUGGAACGACGGCGGGGAUCGUGAUAGGAAACGUGAGUCAGCCGUGGAUGAGCUACACGCGCAGUGCCUCGUACGCCAGCAGCGACGAGACUGAGAGUGACAGUGAGGACAUGUGGGAGGAGCUACAGGAACUGCGAGAGAGACACCUGGGUGAGGUUCAGACUCUCCAGGCGUCUCAGAAGCGUGAGAUAGAGGAGCUGUAUGAGAAGAUGGGGAAAGUUCCUCCUCCGGGCAUCGUGUCUCCGGCGGCCAUGUUGUCCAGCCGACAGCGACGUCUCUCUAAGAGCGGAGGCUUUCCUUCAUCACGCAGGAACAGCCUCCAGAGACUCGAAGUGCUGCCUCCUACAGGUAUUAUGAGGAGGAACUCGGUCAGUAACAGCAGUAAUGGCUCUCAGGAUCGAGGGGCUAAAGGGGUGACCUUCGCUUCAGACUACAGAGUGUGAUCCUGUUCUCUCAGACGAUCCCUGUUAAUCCGCCCUGACCACACCGGCUGACAGGAAGUGACAUCACGGCCUUGUCUCCAGCCGUAACGUCGCCCCGGGUGUAAAAAGAAGCAAAGAAAGAAAGAAAUAAAAACUGCCAGCGUGAGUCUGAGUGAAAGGAACGAGACUGCGUUCGUUCCAUCAGCUUUAAAUCACAGGAGGCGUGAAUAUUAUCGAGCAGCUGUGCGUCACCUCAUCACGACAUCGUCCACCGGUGUGUGAAAACUCCGUGCGUCGUAUCCACAAAGAGUCUGAUCUCGGGAUUAAGAGUUCUCUGAACUGCCAGUUCCUUCUUAAAAUCCAACCCCGAAGCACCUGUUCAUUUCACUAUUAGCACUCCACUGCUACUGCAGUAAAUCACCGCCGCGCCAAGGAGCCCUCAUACGCGUUAUUCUGCCACCUGCUGGUCAUUCAUGAUUCGGCACCAUUGAUGAACCCACUCUAUUCAACCUCCGUUCUUAACCCUUUACUGGGCAACAAUCCAUUUAUCUCCAAUGUUUUGACAGGCAACAGCACAACGCGACCAUCUUUCUACAUAAAUAACAAAGCCAUGCCACGUCACAUGACCAGGAAGUGCACUUCCUUUUCUGCUUUUACAAUUCACCGACUGAUUCGAGUGAUAAGAAUCCACGCAAACUUUCGUUUUUUUUUCUCUCUCUGUAAAUGUACUCAUGCCCAUGCGGUGGAGGGUUACGUCGGACCGCCCGACAUUUUAAACACCGACACGGAAGGUUUAUUCUGAAUUUCUCUGUAGUUUCCGGGCGCGUUGCGGGUCGACGUUACAGCUGCAGUUCUCAGUUUGAGUUUAUCUGGGAAACUCGCAUUCUUUCCCUGAUAGUUUCAGUUCCCGUGAUAGUUUGUGUUAAGGAUAAUAACCUUGUUACGUACGUCCAGCUUUCACGUUCGGCUUUUCACAGUGUCCCGUGCGUGUGUGUGUGUGUGUGUGUGUGUGUGUGAGACCUUGUGGAUGAUGUUUAUUUUUUAAUCCGAAUGAACAAAUUGCCGGUUUAAGAAUAAGAAUAAUAAUCCUGAUGAGAAAACUCGCCUUUCUAACAGAAUCAGCUGCGCGCCAACGCGGACGCCAACGCCUCAAACUUUUAUUUAGACAUGUUUUGCACAUCGACGUUUUGCACAAAGCCGUGUUGUCAUAUAACUCAAAGUUUCUCGUAUACGAUGCUCUUCUUUUUUUAUUAACAAUUUUUUUUUUUUUUUUUUAGCAGGUUUCAUUUGACCUUUUGAGAGUGUUUGUAUGAGUCUAAUGGACUUUACUAUGAGUCUAAUGGUGAUUUUACUGUGCAGGACAGUUCAGUAAACAAAUAAAUAAAUAAGUUAAUUAAGAAAUAGUUCAAUCCACAAAUACGCAAAGAAAAAUAUUUGCCAAAUAAAAACAUACAAAUACAUUUUCAAUCAUUUUUGAUUCAUUUUAAAUCGAAUAGAAAUGAAGCAAACGAACCGAUCGAUUAUUUCAACUCCACAAGCUUCACUUGUAUCUGUAUUUUUUAUUUUUUUAUUUUUUUUUUUUAAAUAAAUAAUCAUUUUAGUGAUUAAACAUGGGCAAAUUUGCUAUAUUUAUAACAACUAAAUCUUUUUUCUUUUUUGUGCUGGAUUUAUUUUUAUUUCUUUUUUGUUGUUGUUGAACUAAACGAAUCAGGAGCGAAUCACAUGACCCCCUCCACGUGCUGGUGUGAUUUGAGGUCUAAAGUUCUGCCUGCGUCGCGACGUGUUCGUUAUUAAGGACUUCAUUAAGGUCUGCAGACUCCUCUGGCCUCAUGACGUCGGCGGAGUUUUAAGAGACGGACGUGUAUUUUUUUUGGGGGGGGGGGGGGGGGGAUAUCGUAUCAGAAGUGUUUCUUUAUCUCUAAACUGACACGCCGCACUUUCUGUGUUUCCGUAAACACCACACGCGCUCUGUACAUGUAAAUAAACUUUAACGUAAAGCGUCGUAGCCCCUCCCCCCCCCCUCCCCCCGCCCCUCUCCUAUGCAGUCCUGUAAACGGACGUGAUCUGAUGAACGACGAAAGCCGACACGACAGAAAAAUGCCAUGAAACUGUGAACUUCGAACUGUUUUUUUAUUUUUUUAACACGUCAGAGGUUUAGAAAACUGCCGGACGGCGGUCGUGUGAAGAAUCCAUGGUUUAUAUCGAAAUAGAAAUAGAACUAAACGAAAAUAGGCGUGUAUAUUGCGAUAAAGAGCGAGACGCCCGGCGGCGUAUGUUACUCGCUGAAAGGCGAGGUUUUAUCCACAUGCCGUCUUUUAUGGUGUUUUCUUUUGUUUGUUUGUUUGUUUGUUUGUUUGUUUGUUUGUUUUUUACUCACGUGCUUGAUUCCUGUUUGAGAAACGAUGAUUGUAAAUACAUUGAUAAUAAAGUUUAAUGGCUAUGAAACGA